AUGCACACGACGGUGAUGCUAUACUUGGUCACGUUGACGACGGUGUUGCAAACCGCGACAGCGGCGGAUUUAGUGACGAUUCGAGUGUACGAGCCGCACGUGGCGUCCGUGCUUUACGCGCUCGCAGGGUCGCUCCACUUCCGCGAAUCAACCUGGUGGACCCGUCCAAAGUCAUAUCGUACACCGUCAUUUGUGAUCUUGUACUGCUUUGUGUCGCCGCUCAUCCUCCUCAUCCGCAACACCCAAGCCAAGACGUCGCUCGUGAAUCUCGCGGACGCGAUCGUUUGCUUAACGCUGUCGUGUGGCCACCCGUUUGCAGCGGUCACGAUCCAGCUCGUCGAGUAUAUCCUGCUCAACCCCAACCUCGGCAAUGAUAACUUGUGGUCCACCCAAACGAUUCUUCUCACGCCGCAGCUUGUGCCAUCGACAAAGAUUCACCUCGCAACCAUGCUCGCGCUGCAUGUCGGCACGUACCUCGCCCUUCGACGUGUGAGCGAGAGCGUCCACCACAUUUCCGCGGCGCUCUCGUCGAUGUCAGUGAAAAGCAUGUCUAGCCUCUUCCGCAGCCGAUCUGUCCGCAUUUUCCAAGCGCUUCGGUUGCGGGCGACAAACGCCGACGGAAAAUCGUCCCAUGGCAAGCACGUCAACCUGGCGCACGAAAAGCGAAUCCAUUUACAAGUCAACUUGAUCUUGAACUUUGUCUACUGCCGUGCCAACGCUCGGCCGCUCUUCGAUCUGUCCUGCCACUGCGCCAAUGUCGAUGCCAACUGUGUGGCCUUUGGCAUCACUGACCCCCUCCCGCUGCUCGCCACCGCCACGAUCGGGAGCAAGAUGCUAUCGUUGCAGGUGAGCCGCAAGGUCAUGAUUGUGUUUACAAACAUGACAUCGUGGGACGAUUCGCUGCCACCAAACGUGAACCAUGCGUGGAUCCAUGUCAAGCAGCUCCAUUUGGUCAACGUGAGCUUGCGCGAGGUCCCCCCCGCGCUGCUGGACUUGCCCAAUCUCCAAGAGCUGGACUUGCACAACCAGCCUCCCAUGGACGGAAGACGGCCCAACGACACCACGCGCUCUGACCCUCUUGAGACUCAGCGGCAAUCCAGUGACCCAAGUGCCGUGGGUGUUGGCGGAGAAUGGUGUGGUCGUCGAUCUCAGCGGAGCCUCGAUCCCCUCCUUUCAACCCCUGGACGAAGCUUUGCACGAGGCGAUGGUAAAAUCACGCCAAGUCGUCUUGGAUGGAACGCCCCACUGCUUGAAUCCCUCAUCCUCGCCAACUUGCCGAGUCCUGUGUGCCUCACCAUGGUCAGCGACCAUUACUGCGACUUGGAGUGCUUUACACCGACCUGUGCGUUCGAUUCGGGAGAUUGCGCUGAGUUUGGCAUCACGUACGAGCCAUCGAAUUGA